AAGUGAGUUGGGUUGCCAACUAGUAAAUCAGGCGGAGCAUUCCAAUUUCCCAACUCUCCUCCUUCCUCGUUUCUAUCGACCUCCACUUCUCGUCUUCAGCUUCGUCCGCUCGCCAUUAUUAAACCCCGAUAAGCUCCUUCCCCCCAUUUUCGCUUCAUAAGCUCCUUUCUCUGUUCUUUGGAACAGUAGCUCGCAUUCCAGCUGAGCAUCUCGACUCGUCUCCAUCCCCGGUUCUCCGUUAACUGUUGGAGAUGGAGGCCACAUUGCCUGUCUGCAAAUCUGUUACCUCUGUUCCUGGUUUAUUUGCAAGAUCAAAUCCCGGAAUAAGAAGUUCACAAUGUAGCUUCUUGGUGGGAACUAAAGUUAACUUCCCUAGGCAAAGAGCUUGCGCUGCCCAGGUCGGUCAUAAAGCUAAGAGGAGUGGUGGAGCUCUAGGUGCUACUUGCCGUGCUGAGAAGAUCCUGAUUGCAAACAGAGGAGAAAUUGCUGUUCGUGUGAUUCGAACUGCUCAUGAAUUAGGAAUUCCAUGUGUUGCUGUUUACUCAACCAUUGACAAGGAUGCCCUUCACGUGAAAUUGGCUGAUGAAUCAGUUUGCAUAGGUGAAGCACCAAGCAAUCAGUCGUACCUGGUGAUACCAAAUGUCUUGUCUGCUGCUAUCAGCCGUGGAUGCACCAUGCUUCAUCCUGGAUAUGGGUUCCUUGCUGAGAAUGCCACAUUUGUUGAAAUGUGCAGAGAACAUGGAAUAAAUUUUAUUGGACCAAAUCCGGAUAGCAUAAAAACUAUGGGUGAUAAAUCAACGGCCAGAGACACAAUGAAGAAUGCAGGUGUUCCAACUGUGCCAGGAAGUGAUGGGUUGUUGCAGACUACAGAGGAAGCAAUUCGGCUGGCUGGAGAGAUUGGUUAUCCUGUGAUGAUCAAGGCAACGGCAGGUGGUGGUGGGCGUGGAAUGCGUCUUGCUAAAGAACCUGAAGAAUUUGUGAAGUUGCUCCAGCAAGCCAAGAGUGAAGCUGCUGCCGCAUUUGGAAAUGAUGGAGUUUAUUUGGAAAAAUACAUUCAGAAUCCAAGGCACAUUGAAUUCCAGGUCCUUGCAGAUAAGUACGGGAAUGUAGUCCACUUCGGUGAGCGAGACUGUAGUAUCCAGGCUUGCAUGUGUUUUCUCCUGCAGAGACGUAACCAGAAGCUUCUGGAAGAAGCUCCCUCUCCUGCACUGACCCCAGAGUUGAGGAAAGCCAUGGGUGACGCAGCAGUUGCGGCUGCAGCAUCCAUAGGAUACAUUGGUGUAGGAACAGUUGAGUUCCUUCUGGAUGAGAGGGGUUCCUUCUACUUCAUGGAAAUGAACACUCGUAUCCAGGUCGAGCAUCCCGUAACUGAAAUGAUUUCAUCCGUGGACUUGAUUGAGGAACAAAUCAGGGUAGCUAUGGGAGAGAAACUUCGUUACAAACAGGAAGAUAUUGUUCUCAGAGGACAUUCAAUUGAGUGCCGGAUUAAUGCAGAGGAUGCGUUUAAGGGAUUCAGGCCAGGACCAGGAAGAAUAACAGCAUAUUUGCCAUCUGGAGGGCCUUUUGUUAGAAUGGACAGUCAUGUGUAUCCGGACUAUGUUGUUCCUCCAAGCUAUGAUUCCCUGCUUGGAAAGCUUAUUGUUUGGGCUCCAACAAGAGAGAAGGCAAUUGAACGUAUGAAGAGGGCACUCAAUGAUACUAUUAUUACAGGAGUUCCAACAACAAUCGAUUAUCAUAAAUUGAUCCUUGAAAUCGAGGACUUCAAAAACGGCAAUGUUGAUACCGCCUUCAUUCCAAAGCAUGAAGACGAGUUACAAGCGCCACAGCAGAUUGUGCCUGUGAAGGGACUGGCCAGCGCAACUGCAUAGACGCGAUUCUUCAAGGGUGGAAGGCAAUAGCUUUCACGGACAUGUUUAAGAAGAGCUUACUUUAUCCCGAUCUUCAAAUGUGCAUUGUUCUCAAAGGAACUUUGACAGAUUGAACGUGCUUAGGCGACUUCCAGUUGAGGGAACUUUUUUGAUGUUCGUAAGCUAUUUUGUUAUAUGUUAAGGUGCUGAGAUUUUGGUUUCGAGGUAGCUCUGAAUUUGGUUCCUGCUUGUUUGUAAAACACUCUGGUCAAACUGGAUGUACUUAGAAAGAAGUUAGUGGCUGCUGCCUCUGCAGGGAAAUUUGAAGCUGUGAGAGCCAGGAAAGACGAGAUCUUCCAAGAUAUAAAUCAUGUAUUUGGGGGGAUUUCCCAAUCAUUUAUGCUUGUUGCAAUAAAUACACAGUUUCCUGACGGAGGAAUGAAUGAAUAACUGCGUUGGCUUGAGAUAUUUUGAAUUCAAGACAACAAUUAUUUACAGGCGGACAUUGAUUAUAAUCAAACAUGCUAUAUAUACGUAAAAUCCUGCAUCAGAUAAUUACUCUGGAACCAAUCUGGACUGGUCUUCAAUGUUGAAUGCCUGCAGAUCAUCCUGCUUCCUCGCCGCCGACGAGUCGAUGGUCAACGAGCGCUGAUGCCGAUGGAAAGCCAAGCUUAUGCAGACACCGAUGUUACUACAAAGAUGCUACCCUGGAAUC